AUGGCCGAGUUGCAGCAGCAACAAUCACCACCACAAGAGCAUCCCUUGUCUCUUCGACCAGGCGCGUCUUCUUCACGCUCUUCUUCCCCUCAACCUCAGCAACCUCAACAACACCCAUUUCUCAACCUCAACGAACCCUCUUCCUCGUAUAUUGACGACAUGCAGAAUUCUUCGCCUUCUUCCUCUGCUUAUCAGCAACAGCCCCGCCACGUGUCCGGCGGCCCAGGACCUGCCAACGGCCAACAACAGUACGGCAGCGGCCGGCCAUCAUCACAAUCACCCCCGGCGCAACAAAAUGGCUACGGCGGCGGCAGAGGUAACCGUUUUCCCAGCCAAACUUAUCCUACACCACAAUCACCCACCAACGAAGUUGGUGUAGCCGCCGGGAACCCAUUCGCCGACGGGUCACGUUCACGCAGCAGCACAAUCGGACAGAACUACCCGAUCGUCGUCGGCGGAGGAGCGCCGCCGAUGCCCAUCUCGCCGCCGCAGCAGAGCGUGCAGCCCCUUUUUGCGCAGCACAGCGGAGCGCAAUCUCAAUCGUCGCGACCGGUGUCGCGGGCCGCCGGCGCCAACAUGAACAGCUCGAGCGGGCCCAGUACGCGACCGACGAGCUCCAGCGCGGCCACAACGACAACGACCAGGUCGCCGUUUUCGACACCCAUCACGUCGCCGCCCCGGCAGCGGCCGUCCCAGAUCCUGCUCAUCAACCCCAACUCGACGCGGUCGAUGACGGAAGCGUGCCUCAGCUCCCUCCGGCCGAUUAUCCCCGCGGGGGUCGAGGUGACAGGGUACACGGCGCCGUACCCUGCGCCGACAGCGAUCGAGAGCACGACCGACGCCAUAAUGUCGACCGAGGCGGUGCUGCGCGACCUGGCUAAGUACGCGGCGAGCAACGGCGAGACGGUGCAAAACUACGACGGCAUGAUCGUGGCGUGCUUCUCCAAGCACCCGCUGAUCGACGCGCUGCGGGAGUCCUACGACGUGCCGGUGAUUGGCAUCAUGGAGGCGAGCCUGUACACGGCGCGCAUGAUCGGCGGGCGGUUCGGCAUCAUCGCGACGGCCGCUCGCUCGCGCAUCCAGCAGGACGACGCUGUCGCCGCGUACGGCCUCUCGCACUUCUACGUCGGCAGCGAGGCGACGCACCUGGGCGUGCUGGAGCUCGAGGGCCGCCCGCGCGAGGAGGUCGCGAAGCGCAUGGCCCACGCCGCCCGCACCCUCGUCGCAAAGGGCGCCGACACCAUCCUGCUCGGCUGCGCGGGCAUGACGGACCUGGUGCGAGCCGCCAAGGACGCCGUGCGCGACGAGGACGGCAGGAGGACCGUCAACGUCAUCGAUUCCGUGGAGGCCGGCCUGCUCAUCAUGACCAGUCUGGUGGGCAUGGGCAUCCCGACGAGCAAGAAGGGCGUGUACAAAGGUGAAAAGGAAGGGAGGAGAACAAGAGGUCAAAACUGGUUGUGA